GUCAAUCAAACUCAAAAUUAAAAUGAUUUAACUUGAAAAUAUGUUCUCAAAAUUAUCAGUUUUUAAGCUCCCGAAUGUGGUGGCAAAGAUCUUCAAACGAUCUCUUAACACCGGUGGUUAUUGCGAAUGGUCAAUCGAAGAACCUCAACGUCCGAUGACCGUAUCCAUCAUAGGUGGUCACACGGGGGAAGGCGUCCUUGCAACUUUCCUCUUGAAACAAACUAAAUUAGUCGACGAAAUACGUUUAUAUUCUGGUUUGAUCAGUCCGUGUGGACAAGGAUAUGAUAUGAGCCACAUUGAUACGAGUCCUCAAAUCAAAGCAUAUACCGGCCAAAAAUUUUUAAGGGAUGUUAUUACCGAUGCUCAUAUUGUUUUGAUAUGCGGUGGUCAUCCAAAGAAACCUUGUACAACUACGGAGGAAUUAUUUGAGAGUAACGCAGAUUAUGUUAGAAAUAUUGCCAUGUAUGUUGGAGAGUUUAAUCCAAAAGCAAUUGUUUGUAUCUCUACUCCACCUGUCGGAGCAUGUGUCCCUUUGGUAGCAGAGGUUUUAAAAAAGAAUGCAGCAUACGAUCCAAGAAAAGUAAUCGGAAUUAUGACGUUGGGUUCAAUUAGAGCCACUUCGAUUACAGCUAAAUACACCAAUAAUAAUCCAAGUGAUGUUAUUGUACCUGUUAUUGGUGCUCUAAGUAGAGAUACUUUAAUUCCCGUUUUUUCACAAAUUAGGCCAGAAAUUCAUAUUGACGAAAAACUUUUACAAUUAUUAAGAGAUAAAAUCGCCUCCGCUGAAGAUGAAGCUUUAGACUUGAAAUACAUCGAAAGCACUGGAUCUUGCUUCCUUUCGAGUGCUUUUGCAACAGCAAGAUUCACUGCUUCCGUUAUUAAAGGGUUGAAAGGUGACGCUAACGUUGUCGAAUGCGGUUUUGUUCGUCAAUUAGGGCACAUACAGGAAUUUUUACCUUAUAUGGGAUCUAUUGUUAAACUAGGUAAAGAUGGUGUUGAACAAUAUUAUAUGCCCACGAUAACUGAUGAUGAAUGCAAACAACUUCAAAAAGCUUAUCCUUUAAUUAAAUCUCAAAUCGAAAUGGGAGAGACUUUUGUCUUAGGUGCUCAAAGAAAAGCUCGAAUAAACCUAAAAUCCCCUCUGUAUUGCCAAAUGAUUCGUAAGAAACCGAUCACGAUGAUUGGGGAUGUUAAAAUCGAUUUGAACGAAUUGGAUAUUGAUAAGAACGAGAGAUGUAUUGAAAUAAUUCGAUAAAUUAUAUAGAGACGUAUUUUCAAUAAAACAGUGCUAGUUAUGUCUA